AUGUCACAUAAGCUCACAGUCCUUCCGCAUCUCAUAAAGCAUACCCCCAAAGUUCAUAACCCUGUUAAAGGACCGUUUAACGUAUACGCAUUUGACCUUGACCAUACACUGAUCGAGCCCACCUCGCCUGGUGCAAGGUUUAGCAGAACUGCUGAUGAUUGGAGGUUUAUGAGGUUCACACCAGGUAAGACCACCUUAGAGAAGCUUGGUGACAUAAUCCAAGAAGAUCCAUCAGCACAUAUUGUCAUAUUCUCCAACCAGGGCGGCGUCGUAGCAGUCCCGCCGUCCUCCAAGAGUUGCACAAAGUAUACUACCAAGAUUCAAUUGAUCCUUGAUGAGAUUUCGAGAUCAGAGAAUGGACUAAAUCUACUGGGACGACUAUGGAUAUACGCUUCGCCCAAGAGACCGGCAUCAUCUGUCUCGGUGAAGAGUAAAGGCAAGAUUAAGCAGUCAGUGGUGAGGAAGAAUACAAGAACCAAGCAGCUCAAGUUACAGAACUUUUAUAAACUCGAAACCGAACAGACUGAGGUUGAAGAUCAGUUUGUGAAGAUGAGGAAACCAGAAAUUGGGAUGGCAGAAGAGUUCAAGAAAGAUCUAUCAGCUUCCUAUGAGUCAGCGCCCCAGAUAACAUGGUGCCAUUACUGUGGUGACGCAGCUGGAAGACCCAAGGACUUUAGCGAUUCCGAUAAAGAGUUCGCCGAAAAACUGGGUGUACUGUUCAAACUACCAGAAGAUGUGUUCAUUUGA